UCCUUAUCAGCUGGUCAGCCGCCAUGUGGGCCUCCGGGCCUGCUACGGCGGCGCGGCCGGUUGAGGCCGGGCUCGGCCCGGCCCGCGACGGCUGGCCGCCGACGAGCGCGCUCGCGCUGCUCGUCAAGAUGGCGGCGGUGGCGAUUGCGGCGACAAAAGUGCAGGCGUACAGCGCUCAGGCGCCUGUCGUCUGUCGUCUGUUGUCGCAUUUCGCACACGCGCGCGCUCCGCGAGGGCAUGAGCCUUCCGCGAUUCGAUCCCGCAGCCAAAAGCUGCUCGCUCGAACCGCGGCCGACUCCGCCAUCGCGGCCGCAGCUGUUGAGCUCUCCAGAAGACUGGUGCCUCAAAGCGAGAUCACCCGAGAGCAGCUGAGCCUGCCUCUGGCCUCGCCUCCCUCUCCUCCAGGCAUUCGUGGGACGUGGCAUCCUAUGGGUCGUCCAGAGUAUCGACCUCUGGCUUGUCAGCCGCCCAUGAAGUACAGCGAUCGCCACCUUGCUGGCCUCUCCGCAAUUACCCCCGACCGCGUCGAACUCAUCGGCGCGGGCUCUCUCGGCUACGGCCUACGGGACCGGCCCCAGCUUCGGCUGAGGGCGAACAAGCUGCCGAGCCCAAAUCACUGUGAGAGUCGUGAUUUCUUGUUGGU